AUGGAGGAUGAAAAGGAUAUCGCGAAAGAUUCAACGCCGAAUACAUUGGAAAACAACCUCAAUCACACUGUACUCGACGAUUCGAAAAUAUCGGUUAAGGAGAAUAUCGGUGAGGUGUUGGAAAUUUGUAUUCCUCGAUUGGUGGUUGGUGGUUGGGACGAUUGGUGGUCAAUACCAUGCCAUCUCAACGCUCAUUCUGUCGCAUGCACCAUCCAGGCUUUCCCAAUUUCCUACGCUGGUGUCUCCCGAUCAUUCGCCAAUGUCAUAUUUCAAAUUGGAGGUGUAGUAGGAGCGGCCAUCCAGGCGGGUUUACUGAAUAAUGGAGAUAGUACUUUGGAAGAUUGGACGGGACGCAAGAAUUCGUAUUUCUUUGGUCGAGCCCUCAUCAUCGUUAGUGAGCUGGUGAUGCUCACCUAUAAGGAGAGGAAGGUAGAAAUUUCGAUGAAGGAGGAGGUUUGA